CUCGCGUGCAUCACCUAACACAAUUGUGAGCUGGAGGUUGCCUAGAAGCGGAGGAGACAUAGAAAUUCAUUCACAACAGGGGACGGAAGAAAAUGAAGAUUGUCGUGUGCCUUGAAUCCCCUUCCUGAAGGUCCGUGCCUCGCGUGCGAGCAUUUCAGCAAGCGGGGGUACAGGGACCACCAGGAACCGUGGACCCCCCCCCCCCACCCCACCCGUUCUCCUCCCCCCUGAGUAACGGGGGUCCUCGUUCGGAGCCUGAGAUGCGGACCGGGGGGGCGUCUCUGGAGCCGAAACGGACGGACGGAGAGCCUGCGUCCCCCAUGGCACAGACGCAUGCAGGUCUCCAGUAACACACGGGGACCCUGGCGUGAGCUAACCCCCCUGCACCCUACAGCAAGAUGACAGCAGUGUGUCCAAAUGGGGACCCCGCCCUGGACGACCCGGGACCCCCCGCUGGGGGCCACAACCUGGGCCCCUCCCUGCAGAGCGUGGGCCCCUCCCUCGGCUGCGAGGCCCCGGGGAACCGGCGCUACGCCCGCUGGAGCCGGCAGGACAGCCUGGACGUGGCCACGGACGAGGAGGAGGGCGGGGCCCCGCGCCGGCGGCUGAGCCCGCUGGAGAGGCUGAACCUGGACAUGUGCCAGGACGAGAAGGUGGUGCGCGAGCUGACCGUCGGUCGCCGAAUCGGCUUCUACAAGAUCCGCGGCGAGAUCGGCUGCGGGAACUUCUCCCACGUCAAGCUGGGCAUCCACGCCCUCACCAGAGACAAGGUGGCCAUAAAGAUCCUGGACAAGACCAAGCUGGACCAGAAGACCCAGCGGCUGCUGUCCCGCGAGAUCUCCAGCAUGGAGCGCCUGCACCACCCCAACGUGAUCCGGCUGUACGAGGUGGUGGAGACCCUGUCGCGCCUCCACCUGGUGAUGGAGUACGCCGGGGGCGGGGAGCUCUACACCCGCAUCAGCACCGAGGGGAAGCUGUCCGACAUCGACAGCAAGAUCGUCUUCUCCCAGAUCCUGUCGGCCGUCAAGCACAUGCACGACAACAACAUCGUCCACCGGGACCUGAAGGCGGAGAACGUCCUGUACACCUGCAGCACCUGCGUCAAGGUGGGCGACUUCGGCUUCAGCACGGUCAGCCGGCGCGACGAGACCCUCAACACCUUCUGCGGCUCGCCGCCGUAUGCCGCGCCCGAGCUCUUCCGCGACGAGCACUACGUGGGCGUGCACGUGGACGCCUGGGCGCUGGGCAUCCUGCUCUUCUUCAUGGUGACGGGCACCAUGCCCUUCCGCGCCGACACCGUGGCCAAGCUCAAGCGCUGCAUCCUGGACGGCGCCUACGCCGUGCCGCCCUUCGUGCCCGAGCCGUGCCAGCGGCUCAUCCGCGGCAUCCUGCAGCCGCUGCCCGCCGACCGCUGCACCGUGGAGCAGAUGAUGGGGUGCGAGUGGCUGCUGCCCGUGGAGUUCCCCCGCGCCAUGGAGCCCUUCCGGCUGGACCCGCUCCACCUGGCCGAGGGCGGGGCCGGGGCCGGGGCCGGGGAGCCGGACGAGGAGGCGGCGGAGGUGCGGGCCGCGCUGGAGGCGCUGGGCAUCACCGCCGAGCACAUCCGGAACAACCAGGGCAAGGACUGCCGCAGCUCGGUGACGGGCGUGUACCGCAUCCUGCUGCACCGCGUGCACCGGCGCCGGGCCCUGGAGAGCAUGCCCGUGGUCGCCGCCCAGGCCGCCGCCGACCCCAAGAAGGACCGCCUCCGCGCCUACCGCGGCCUGAGGCACACCUCCAAGCUCUGCGCCAUCCUGUGACCGCGACCGCGGGCUGACCUUGACCCGACCUUGGCGUGACUGUGCCUGAGGCGCACCUCCAAGCUCUGCGUCAUCCUGAGACCGCGAUUGUGACCGUGACUGUGACCCGACUUUGGCGUGACUGUGCCUGCGAUGCACCUCCAAGCUCUGCGUCGUCCUGAGACCGCGAUCGCGACCGUACUGUGACCCAACCACCACCUGACCUGACCUGACCACAGUUGCGACACAACUGUAAAAUGUGACUGUGACUGUGAGGAGACUGUGACCCUUGAUGUGACUGUGCCUGCGACGCCCCUAAAAAAAAAGUCUGACCGUGAACUGACUGUGCCUGCGAUAUACCACCAAAUGCGGGGUCGCCCUGUGACUGCAGCCGUGACCCUGUAAAGUGACUGUGGUGCCACAGGGACUGUGCCUGUGACAUGCUUCCUAACAGCGAAGAAUGCUUGUGACUGUGACUGCACCUGACACACCUCCAGACUUUGUGUCAUCCUCAGACUGUGAGCCUGACCACGACUGUGAUUUCAAACGUGACCAAAUGUAACUGUGACCGUAACAUGACCCAGACUAUGAUGUCAUGACAACCACAACGGCAAAGCAGCUCCGCAAUCUCAAAUAUUAGGAUUGUUCUUUUUUUUUUUGUUUAUUUAUUUAUCAUAUCUGUAAGAAUGAGGAACAGUCAUGUAAAAAAACAGAAAUUUAUAUAAUUCCUCUAUUUUGUUCUAUUCUGUUGUAAAUAUUGAUUUUUGUUUGUUAAGAAAAUGUUAUAAAUAUUUUAAAAAGAAA